CACUGCACCACUGGCGCUUGACGUCGACGGUUCCCCCACUAAGAAGCACAGACCUCGCAGCUGACAGUUUGUUUGAGGUUGGAUUUGAUAGGUGCACGCCUCACCCAAGUGGCCGCACCCCCAAAAUUAAGGCCCGUCCUCAUUGGCGCAGGCAAACCCUACUCCGCUUUUGUACACCCGGAGCCCACCAAGAUUCAAAAAAGCAGUGUGCAGGUCGAAUUUCCCCUCUGAGAAAAGUUUGGUGAACACCGCGAUCAGGCCUACCCUCAACCUCCAGCAACCACCGAAAUCCCGUAGGUCGCUCAGUACCAAACCGACAUCAUGGCUGUUCCCGGCACUCAGAUCUCCAAGCGGAGAAAGUUCGUCGCUGACGGUGUCUUCUACGCCGAGUUGAACGAGUUCUUCCAGCGCGAGUUGGCCGAGGAGGGCUACUCCGGCGUCGAGGUCCGCGUCACUCCCACCGUUACCGACAUCAUCAUCCGCGCCACCCACACCCAGGAGGUUCUCGGUGAGCAGGGUCGUCGCAUCCGCGAGCUCACCUCCCUCAUCCAGAAGCGCUUCAAGUUCCCCGAAAACUCGGUCUCCCUCUACGCCGCCAAGGUCCAGAACCGUGGUCUCUCCGCCGUCGCUCAGUGCGAGUCCCUUCGCUACAAGCUCCUCAACGGUCUUGCCGUUCGCCGUGCUUGCUAUGGUGUCCUCCGCUUCAUCAUGGAGUCCGGCGCCAAGGGCUGCGAGGUCGUCGUUUCCGGCAAGCUCCGCGCUGCUCGCGCCAAGUCCAUGAAGUUUACGGACGGCUUCAUGAUCCACUCCGGUCAGCCCGCUAAGGACUUCAUCGACAGCGCCACCCGCCACGUUCUCCUCCGCCAGGGUGUCCUUGGUAUCAAGGUCAAGAUCAUGCGCGGCUCUGACCCCGAGGGCAAGGCCGGCCCCCAGAAGUCUCUCCCCGACGCCGUCACCAUCAUCGACCCCAAGGAGGAGACCCCCGUCGUUCAGCCUAUGAGCCAGGACUACGGUGCUAAGGCCGCUGCUGCCCAGGCUGCUGCUGAGGCUGCCCGCCAGGAGGAGCAGGCUGGUGCUGAGGAAGAGGCUGCCCCUGCCGCUGAGCAAUAGGAUGCUCGCGGUAGAGGUGCUGGACAAUCUCCCAAGAUACCUCAGUCCUACGUCGAUCUGGGUGCUGAGCCUGCGCCCAACAACAGCGAUGACUGGUAAAUCGGAAAAGGGAGCGUUGUGGCAGGGAUGAGGAGAUCUUUCUUUUGGGCGCGCCACACGCUCAUCGGUAUGGUUGCAGGAAUGGGUUUACGGCGUCAACUUUGAGCAUAUUGCAUUGAGUCUGCAAAAGGGAAAACGGACGGGUUGUUGCUUUAUGGAGGGGUGGCUUUGUAACUAUCUACAGAACCCAUGGACAAGGGCAGCAACGUCAAGAUGAUCCUGAUAACACACCGGGAAUAGACCUCCUGAACAAAGUGAACGGGCUCUCUUGUGUGACAUGCCGGUGGUGAAGGGCGCCAGAUGUAUUUUGUUUUAACAAUGUGAUACCACUUGUUUUCUUUG